AUGGGACCAAAUGAGCACGGCAUUGUGUACCUCCUCAUAUUUCUGCUCCUCUCGCCGUCGACACAAACGAAUCGAGACGCGAAUCGACUGUUUGAGGAUCUGAUAGCCGAUUACAACAAACUGGUGAGACCAGUGAGUGAGAAUGGCGAGACGCUGGUGGUGACGUUCAAACUGAAACUUAGUCAACUUCUAGAUGUUCACGAGAAGAAUCAGAUUAUGACGACAAAUGUGUGGUUACAGCAUAGCUGGAUGGACUACAAACUACGAUGGGAUCCAGCAGAAUACGGUGGUGUCGAAGUACUGUACGUCCCAUCGGACACCAUCUGGCUGCCUGAUGUAGUCCUUUAUAAUAACGCUGAUGGAAACUAUCAAGUAACGAUAAUGACAAAAGCAAAGCUAACAUAUAAUGGAACAGUGGAAUGGGCGCCACCCGCGAUUUAUAAGAGCAUGUGCCAAAUCGACGUGGAAUUCUUCCCAUUCGACCGUCAACAGUGUGAAAUGAAAUUCGGCUCCUGGACGUAUGGAGGACUCGAAGUUGAUCUACAACAUCGGGAUAAACAUCUGGAAAAGGAGAUUGAGGAGGAUGUGGAGGGAGUUGAUGGACCGACGAAGGAGAUUGUAUGGGUUGUCGAUAGAGGAAUUGAUUUGAGCGAUUAUUAUCCGUCUGUGGAGUGGGAUAUUCUCAAUGUACCUGGGAAGAGACACUCGAAACGAUACCCGUGCUGCGAGUCGCCCUUCAUCGACAUCACCUACGAGAUUCAUCUGCGUCGGAAGACGUUAUUCUACACCGUCAAUCUGAUCUUCCCAUCCGUCGGAAUCUCAUUUCUCACCGCUUUGGUCUUCUACCUACCGUCAGAUGGAGGAGAGAAAAUAUCGCUUUGUAUUUCCAUUUUGAUCUCAUUGACUGUCUUCUUCUUACUCCUUGUCGAGAUCAUUCCAUCCACAUCACUCGUCAUUCCACUCAUUGGAAAAUAUCUUCUGUUCACGAUGGUUCUUGUCACGUUGUCCGUCGUGGUUACUGUAGUCACCUUGAACGUGCAUUAUCGAUCGCCGACAACUCAUACAAUGCCGAAAUGGAUGAAACGACUAUUCGUGGAUUUUCUGCCGAAAUAUCUUCUAAUGACACGCCCCCAACCACCCGGUCAUCACAUCAAGCCAAACCGGAAAUUCGACCCACGUGCGUCGACAUUCAGCAUAGGUGUCAACCAUAUUUUGGGCCAAAAUUCCGAAUUAUUAUCCCCUGGACUCAAUUCCAAUAAGGAGGAGUCAUCGUUCACUCUACCACGUGACAACUCGCCGGUGCGAUCAGCAGUGGAAAGUGUCGCCUAUAUUGCGGACCAUUUGAAAAACGAGGAAGAUGAUAAACAGGUAAUCGAAGACUGGAAGUACAUAUCAGUGGUCAUGGAUCGAAUCUUCUUAAUCUUAUUCACAAUGGCAUGUGCUUUCGGAACAGUUGUGAUUAUUGCAAGGGCACCGUCCAUCUAUGAUAAUACGCCUGCUCUUGCAUAG